UUUGUUUUGACAGGUGAGUUUCACAGUAAAAGCCCUGAGGUCAAAGCGUCAUCUUACAACAAUAUUUAACAUAAAUGAUAAAGAAACGUUAAAAACGAGGUUUGGAAAAAAACUUCUUUUCAUUGACUGACCCGCCCCCCUCGCCUCGUGUUGCCAUAGUAACGCGACAACAGAGACGGAGCAGCGGAGGAAAACCGGAUCAGACCCGCAAUGACAGCAAUAUUACUUUUAUUCAAAUAUAAAGCAUCAAAAUAAGAAAAACAAAAUAAAAAAAAGAAAAAGUAAUCAACAAACUGAAGUAAAUCUGCAGAACUGAGAUCCGUGUUCAGUUAGUCGUUUGUGGCGACCGAUGAUGGAUAGACCGCGGUACUUCACGCCCGCCGAGGUGGCGGCUCACAACACGGCCGACGACCUGUGGGUGUCGUUUCUGGGCAAAGUGUGCGACCUGACCCCGCUGAUGACCCAGUUCAAAGGUGAUGUUCUGCUCUUACCCAUCAUGGAGUGUGCGGGGAAGGACAUCAGCCACUGGUUCGACCCUAAAACCAAAGACGUGCUCAAACACGUGGAUCCACUCACUAACUGCGUGAGGUACUUCACCCCCAGGGGGCGCUUUUUGCACGUCCCACCCGCCGGCCCUCGCUCUGACUGGGCCAACAAUAUCGGUCAGCCCUGGUGGACGGACCGACAGUACGAGGUAGGACGUCUGACGGCCAAAGCCAGGUGGAUACGAGUCGUCAACACACUGACGUCGCAGGAGCAGCGGCUGCAGGUGUGUUCGGAGGAGACGUUGGCUGAAAUCCUCCAGCGCUACCUACGCUACAACUCCCACGCCCGGAGUUACACCUGGAAGUACAACGGGUCGAGUUUGUCCAUGAGCAGGACGCUGGACGAGAACGACGUCCCCGACGACGACCAGAGGCUGGAGCAGCUGCGGCUGGACCGCGACCUCUUCAUCCCCGCCCUCCUCCUCCACUUCAACGACGACCUCACAGAGGAAUGACCUUCGAUGUGGGGUCACGAGGUCACACCUAAAACUUGACACUGAACUCAUGUGCAGCGGUGACGGGAUUUAAGCGGCGAUUGACUACCUGACAAUGAGUUUGUGCUUGAUCAGUCGUGAGUCCGACAUCUCAGAGAUCUCCUCUGGGCAGCUCCAUUCAUUUUCAAUGGGAGAACAAUUCAUACCCGAAUGAUCGUAAUUAACCGGAAAAUACGGGGGUUGAAAUGGACAACAACGACUCAGCAUUCACUCUCAAAAAUAAUGUCAACACAUUAUUUCACUGAUCCAUACAUACAUCUGUAAUGUUAUCAUCAAUUAAUGUGAAAAUAUAUGACUUGAUAUGCAAACACGGAAUAAUCUGUGACAUUUUCUUUGUAAAAGAAAAAUAAAUAAAUAAUUUAAAACUUAGGAUACGAUACGAUAACUAACAAAGCAUCAACAAUGUCCAUUUCAAAAACUUCUAAAAAUUAUUUUAAUUAGAUUAAUUAGAACCUAAAAGAACGAAAG